AUGGUCUACACGAUUGUCGUUCACAUGCGGGCCAAGCCCGACGAGGAGUCCAUCUCCAAGCUUCACGCCAAGCUCAUCGAGGCCUCCGGCGUCUACUCCAAGGACAAGGAGACUUUGUCCUGGUUUGUGAUGCAGUCCGUUCACGACAAGCAGGACUUCUGUAUCGUCGAGCGCUACCUGAACGAGGGCUCGCAGAAGUAUCACCUCGAGAACCCCUACUGGAAGACUUUCGAUCCCUAUGUCAUUCCCCUUCUGGAGAAGGAGAUGGAUCUGAGACGGUUUGAGGAGAUGUGUUAG